AUGGCCGGCCAAGUAUGCUUCGAUGAGACGGGACAGCCAUUUAUGGUUAUCCGAGAACAACAGAAACAGAAAAGAUUGACUGGGGUUGAAGCUCUGAAGGUAAGUUAUGCUUUUUGUCAUUCCAUGCCCGUUUAGACGCACAUUUUGGCUGCUCGACAAGUUGCUAACACCUUGAAGACUUCGUUGGGACCUUUGGGAUUGGAUAAAAUGCUUGUAAAUCCUGAUGGCGAGGUAACGACGACAAAUGAUGGAGCUACCAUCCUCAAAAGCAUGGAUGUUGACCAUCAUAUUGCUAAGCUGAUGGUUGAAUUGUCCCAAUCCCAGGACGAUGAGAGUGGAGAUGGAACUACUGGUGUUGUUGGUAUGUUUCUUUAUACCUUGAUGGAAUUUUCUGUUUUUAGUAUUAGCUGGAUCUCUUCUGGAACAAGCCAUGCCUUUGCUUGAUAAGGGCAUCCACCCUCUUCAAAUCGCCGAUGGUUAUGACCUUGCAUGCAGAAGAGCUGUAGAACGGCUUGAGGAAAUCUCGGAGACCUUUCCAGAAUACGACUUCGAGUCUCUUGUGAAAGCUGCUUCAACUUCUCUGGGAUCUAAGAUGUGAAUGACUUAGCUUUAGUUGUGGUUUUGUCAAUUUUAAUUUGAAGUUUUAUAUUCUUAUUCUUUAGUGUGAAGAACUGCCAACGUCAGCUCGCGGAGAUGGCGGUCAAAGCCGUUCUGGCUGUGGUUGAUAAAGAACGGAAAGACGUCAACUUUGAUUUGAUCAAGAUCGUGGAGAAGCCUGGAGGACGCCUUGAGGAUUCUCAGUUCUUCAACGGUGUUCUUGUUGAUAAAUCAUUUGCUCAUCCUCAAAUGCCAAAGGAAUUAAAAGAUGUGAAGAUUGCUAUCUUGACCUGCCCAUUCGAGCCACCAAAGCCAAAGACCAAGCAUAAGCUGGACAUCUCUACUCCAGAAGAAUUUAAACAGCUUCAAGAGUACGAGCAUAAGACCUUCUUGAACAUGAUUGAAGAUGUCAAAAAGAGCGGAGCUGGUCUUGUGAUCUGCCAAUGGGGUUUCGAUGAUGAAGCGACCCAUCUUCUGUAUCACAAUGAUUUGCCAGCUGUGCGUUGGGUUGGAGGCCCUGAUAUUGAGCUGAUUGCCAUCGCCACCAACGGCAGAAUUGUGCCCCGAUUUGCCGAGCUCACUGAGCAGAAAUUGGGUACUGCUGGAAGAGUCAGAGAACUCCAAUUUGGAACUGUGAAUGAUCAGUUUAUGGUUAUCGAAGAUUGCCCCAACCAGAGAACCGUCAGUAUAAUGUUGAGAGGUGGAAAUAAGAUGGUAAGGUCUUCUUUUUGUGAAAUUUUUAUCCUUUUAGGUGAUUGAAGAAGCCCGGAGAUCCCUGCAUGAUGCGAUUUGUGUUGUCCGCAACCUUGUCCGAGACAAUCGUAUCGUUUAUGGUGGAGGCGCGCCCGAAAUUGCGUGUUCCGUUGCUGUAAAUGAAGUUGCCGAUAAGGUGAUUGUUUUGGUGAUUUUGUCUAUUCCACUUCACGACGCAAGUUAAAUUGUUAAUUUUAGGUCUCUGGAUUGUCCCAGUAUGCUUACCGUGCCUAUGCCGAUGCCUUGGAAGGCAUCCCUAACGCCUUGGCCGAAAACUCGGGUCUUUCUGGAAUGGAGCAUCUGACUUCUCUGAAAGCCAGACAAAUCACCGAAAAGAAUCCUCGUCUUGGAAUCGAUUGUCUUCAAACGGGCGACUGUGAUAUGAAGAAUCAGAAUGUUCUUGAAGCCUUCAAUGCGAAGAAGGAGCAGAUUCAACUGGCCACUCAGGUUGUCAGAAUGAUCCUCAAGAUCGAUGACGUCAGAGUUCCAGAUAAUUCUGGUGAAUAUGGAUAUCCUAUGUAA